UCUGGGAUCGCUCUUCGCUGAUGCCAUGGAUGCACCAACUCUGCAAGAUGCCAAAGUGGUGGUCGCUGUGUGGCUACCACCUGAUGGCAACGAUGAAUCUCCGAGUCUGGCAGAGCAUGGUUUGCAACAUCCUUUAGAUGUGCCAGGUUGGAAGAGCCUCAGCGACGGCAGUCGCUUGGGUCUGGUGACUUCGGCUGACGGCAGUCGCGACGUUUCGGAAGCGGAGCAACUGCUGGAGUGCCGGAAACGCGUGGAUUGUUUCCUGCAGACGUGUGGAUGGAAAGAGGAACGUUUCUUGCAGAAGUGGCCACUUCAUCACAGCGCCAAAGGCACCUUGCUGCUUCAUGCCUUGGGCCCGAAAUGGCGCCAGCUGCGCUACACCGAACGCUGCUUCUGGUGGCAGACUGCUGGUCGACUUCCUUUCUUGGACCGCAUUCAUCAAGCCUUCGGUGAAGCCAUCGCCUGGUCCUUCGGAUGGCAAGUCACCUUCUCCGUUUGUCUCUUCGUCUUGGCCCUGAGUUGCAUCCUUUGCACGGCCGUGAAGUGGAGCGCAGCGCGCCAGUAUGAGACGAUGAUGCCGAUGAUUUCCUUCCUUCUGAUUACAUGGUGCAUUUGCAUCACUGAGAACCAGUCACUGGUCAUGAAGAGGUUGCAAGAUCAUUGGCAUCAGCUGGUGCCACCCACACCCAGAAGCGAUGAGAUGAGCGAGUUGAGCAGCGAGGUCUCCUUCGGCCACUCCAGGCGGAUGAGCGCCGGACGACGGUUCGGACGGUUCGGACGGUGGCAGCACUGCGGCCAGAACUGUCUCAGCUUUCUGCGCCGCAACUUUCGCUUCCAGCUCUGCUGCGCCCCGAUCCUUCUGAUGGAGUGGCUGUUCAUCUGGGCCUGCUUUCUGGCCUUCUUCUGGCUCCAGCUGUGGACCACCUUCGAAUGGGGCGGAUGUCGAGAGUACAACGAGAGAACGGGCACGCGCGAUUGCAUGUCCCCCGAGUUCCUGUACCCUGUGUGGGGAAAGGUGUUGGCGGCAGUGCCUUCCUUUGCCCAAGGCUUCGUCUUCGAGUUCGUGUCAGGGCUUUCAAAGCUGACCCUUGUUCCGGAAUUUCGAAUGACAGCCCCAAAGGUUGAUGCAACUAUCCCAAAAUGGGUUUUACAUGGGUUUAAUACGGUUUAA